CAAAGAGGUAUCAGAGUCCCUGGUUCUGUCCAGCUUUGUCAGAGGCGGGGGGAUGUGAUGGUUGAGGAGAAGCCCCUCAUGUUGCUUCCCGCAUCUCUUAUACAACUAUGGGUCCCCUCGAGACAGGAAGAGUAUGGGAGGUUGGAAGAAAUUUUGCCUUCCUUCCCUCCACCACAUGCCAGCUCCAUAGGGGAGCUGCAUGGGAUAAAGUCACCCAGGCCUCAGCCUGCCCUCAGACUUGUACCCAAAACAGUGCAAAAUGAGGCAGCAAUUGAGGGGUGCCAGGUGUUAUGGUGCUGAGGAGUGGGGGGUGCUUAGAAGCAGGGCCUGGAAUCUGAGUGGGUUCUAACAAGAGUCCCUGAGGCAGAGAAUGGCAGCAGCCCUUCUUACAAGUGAGAAGAAAGGACCAGCCUUUGGGCACUUCUCCAAGGUCCACUUAUUGAGGACAAGCUGACAGGGCAAGGCCAGAUAGUGGCCUUGAAAGCUAGCUGGAGUAACUGCUCCUUACACCCUGAGGAUGCAUCCUGUCCCGAGGCUCUGCCACCUUCAGACUUGUUUAGAUUUUCUUUAACAAUGUUAGAAAUAGCCCUGGGUACCGUAGGAGGCUGUGUGAGCAGGAACAGGGGAGGGAACUAACUAUAUCUUAUUCAUCAUUGUAAGGAGGACCUCACCUGGUCCUCAGCUUACAGUAAGGGGCAACCAUAGGGAUGCAUAAGAAAUACACCGUGAGUGAGGUCUGAACAGGUUGGGGUGAUUGAACAAGCGAAGGAAGAGCUAGAGGGGCUAGGGGCCACAAUGGGAGCAGAGAGAAGUGAGUGCUAAGGUAUGAGGUGUGACACCUGGACCAAGGGCUCCACUAACAACAAUGUUCUUUUCUGGUUCUGUGUUUCUCUUUCAGAUGUUUGUUACCAGAUUUUUAACUCAUGUGUAAACCCAGGAUUUCCCAAAACAAUCAAGACCAACGACCCAGGAGUCCUCAAAGCAGCCAGACACAGCGUUGAAAGGUUCAACAACUAUACGAAUGACAUCUUCUUGUUCAAGGAGUCCCACAUCAGCAAAGCCCUGGUCCAGAUAGUGAAAGGCCUGAAAUAUAUGCUCAAUAUGGAAAUUGGCAGAACUACUUGCAAGAAAACCAAGCACCCCAGUCUGGACAACUGUGAAUUCCAGACCAACCACACCUUAAAGCGGACUCUCAGUUGCUACUCUGAAGUCUGGGUCAUCCCCUGGCUCCAGAGGUUUGAGGUGCCCAUUCUCCAUUGUUACUAACUUCGGCCUUUCAGCAAUACUACAGCUGCUGUCACUUCUAAAAUAGUAUCUCCCAGCAAGCAGAAUGAGAUACUUCCUGAGAUACUUCCCCUAUUGGACUAGGUCCUCCAAUGGGAAUGUUUUAAGUUCUUGACCCUUGAGGGAGCCCCUCCCACCCAGUAACCCAGCAGUUAUAUAUCUUGACCUUUUAUGGAUGAAUAAAAUUACAAAUAAAUAAGAAUAAAGAACUGACCACUCCACGUAAUGGCUGUUGCUUUACCUGCUAAAAGGAGAAUAAGGAAGGUGAAUGUUGUGAGGGAUUCCCCUCACUGAGUGGUCUGACCAGUCUAAGUUACCUCUAUAAAGUGCCCCAGGCUUUCCUCACCAUUAGCUGUUGGCUACAAGAUACUGGAAACCAAAGCAGCCAGAAACAGGCCAGCCUGUGUCCACAUCAUGAAUUGGCAGGGUAGGUAGCACACCACAGAGGGUGCUCACUCUCCAGCUGGGCUUUUUCUGAUUGUGGGCUGUCACCCAAAUGUCUCUGCUCCCUUUGAGGCUCAGCACAUGUACAACUGUGAUUAGACAAGUAGGGUGGGAUAGAGUGCUGGGACCACACCCCACAGCCCCACCCCAGAAGAGGGAGCACCAUGCCUGUGU